AUGGAUGUGGACUCUGAGAUUCAGAGGGUCAAAGAGGAGAGGCAGAAAAUGGAGAAAGAAAUUGCUGCUCUCGAUUCUCUGACUUUUGACACUGAUCUUUAUAGUUCGAAUAAAUUCGAGGGCUAUGAGCAGUCCAUUCCUGUCAAUGAUGAAGAGGAUAAUUUUGAUGUCACUGAGAAUGAGAUUGCGAGGAAGAUGUCAUCUUUUACUGCCCCCAAGCAGUUUUUGAAGGAGCCUCUGAGAACUGGGGAAGAGGAUGAGAUCUCUGGGUUCAAGCAGCCGAGUAAGAUCAUUGAUCGUGAGGAUGAUUACAGGCGGAGGAGGCUGAACAGGAUUAUAUCCCCCGAUAGAAAUGAUCCUUUCCUGGACAAGACCCCGGGGCCUGAGGUCAGGACUUAUGCUGAUGUCAUGCGAGAGGAAGCUCUGAAGCGAAAGGAGGAGGAGAUAAAGCGUGAGAUCGCGAAGAAGAAGAAAGAAGAGGAGGAGCUGAAGGAGAAUGCCAAGGAGAAGGAGACCGAUAAGCCCAAGAAGAGGAAUAGAUGGGAUGUCUCACAGGACGAGAGCUCCGGUGUUAAAAAGACUAAGUCGGGUUCUGACUGGGAUUUGACUGACUCGACCCCUGGAAUCGGGAGAUGGGAUGCAACACCCACCCCUGGGAGAUUAGGUGAUGCUACACACUCGAUUUCCAAGAAAAAUCGGUGGGACGAGACUCCAACUCCCGGGCGUUUUAACGACUCAGAUGCGACCCCUGCCGGUGGCGUGACACCUGGCGCUACCCCUGCAGGCAUGGCUUGGGAUGCCACACCGAAGCUCGGGGGGCUGGCUACCCCGACCCCGAAGCGACAGAGAUCGAGAUGGGACGAAACUCCGGCUACCAUGGGCAGUGCCACACCUGGUGCUACCCCAGCUGCAGCAUUCACUCCCGGUGUGACUCCUUUUGGGGCCGUUGAUAUGGCUACCCCAACUCCGAGUGCCAUAAUGCAUGGUGCAAUGACCCCCGAACAGUAUAACCUGAUGAGGUGGGAGAAGGAUAUCGAGGAUCGAAACAGGCCGCUUACUGAUGAGGAGCUUGAUGCCAUGUUUCCUCAGGAAGGGUAUAAGAUAUUAGAUCCUCCCGCAUCAUAUGUCCCUAUCCGAACACCUGCCCGUAAGCUUCUCGCCACGCCUACCCCGAUGGGGACUCCUCUGUAUAACAUCCCUGAAGAGAAUCGUGGGCAGCAGUUUGAUGUGCCGAAGGAGAUGCCUGGUGGGUUGCCGUUCAUGAAGCCCGAGGAUUAUCAGUACUUUGGUUCUCUGCUGAACGAAGAAAAUGAGGAGGAGUUGUCUCCCAAUGAGCAGAAGGAACGUAAGAUCAUGAAGCUGUUACUAAAGGUUAAGAACGGUACUCCGCCUCAGAGGAAAACUGCCUUGAGGCAGUUGACAGAUAAGGCGAGGGAAUUUGGUGCUGGGCCACUGUUUAACAGGAUUUUGCCUCUGCUCAUGCAGCCAACCCUGGAAGACCAGGAGCGGCACUUGCUUGUGAAAGUAAUUGAUCGGGUGCUUUAUAAGCUGGAUGAGUUGGUGCGUCCAGACGUGCACAAGAUCUUGGUGGUUAUGAGCCCCUGUUGA